GUAACUCUAUGGUUGUAAAUAUUUCAAUGACGGUCGCCCUCUACAGGCGGCUGUCUGACGCUGCAGCCUCGCGGUGCGGUCGCCAAAUAAGCGUCCUACCACUCGGGGGCGGUAAUGCUUCACUUUACCGUUUGACAGUAGACAAAACCAGGAAGAAGAAGAAGAAGAAGAAGAAGAAGAAGAAGAAGAAGAAGAAGAAGAAGAAGAAACGGAAAAAGAAGCGUUUCUUCCUUCUCACCGUCUCAGCAGCGAUGUUAUCCUCGGUGAACAGCCUCCCUGUUUCUGCUGAAAAUGGAAACGAAGGAAGACUCAUGCGGAUGGACUGUCCGCUGAGCGGCUGUAAACGAGCCUACAACGACACCAUGACGCUCCAGAACCACGUCGAGGAGCACCGAAUCCCGGCCGAGUCUGUGAACGGUAAGGUGCUGCUGUGCUCCUCUGUGGGCUGCAGUGCCUCCUUCCCCAGCAUGCAGAAGCUGAUGGAGCACACCAGGAUUCACCACAAACCCAACAUCUACUUCCAAUGUGAGAGCUGCCGCACAAAGUUGCGCUCGUACCGUAAUCUUCUGGGUCACCUGCACACCUGCUCCAAGGUGCCUCGGGGUAAACCCAAAGCUGCGGAGACGGCCCCUCCCCAGCCUGCUCCUGGGGUGGUCAAGCCCGCCGAGCAGCCUUCCCCUCAGCUGGAGUCCUUAUCGUCUCCCCAGCUGACCUCCUUUGAGAGCACAGUCCCUGCUGCUGCUUCCACUGACCCCCCCACGCUCGACCCUCCAGUUCUGCCUCUCCAAGGGAUGUCAUCCCCAAAACUCCCUCCUGCACCGCUCAGCACAGCUUCUCCAGUUCAGAGUGAAUCUUAUCACCUUCCUCCUACUCUGAACCCCGUCACUCCCAAAGCAGCGGUGGAUCCCUCGGAUCUCCAGAGCCAAGUCCAGACACAGACCUGGACCUCUGAGACCUCUCAUCCCGUAUCCUUUUCUGCUGUGUCCUCGCACGGAUCCCCAGCCGUCUGGAGGAAAAGUCAAGGUCUGGGCUGCAGCCGGCGUGUUCUCUGGGAGCACACCAGAGGGCGCUACACCUGUGUACAAUGUGGCCACAAAGCAACCAACCGCAAGGACAUGAGUGAACACAUCAGCAGCCACCACAGCCUGAGCAAAGCAGCCGAGAGCAGGACCUCCCCGCCCGUCCUCCACGCCGUCGCAGCUCCUCACAAACGCUCAGAGGAAACCGCCAGCAGCGACGCUAUGAAGUGAUGGCUGUUCAACAUCAAAUAUUUUUAGUGUUAUUAUUCUAAACCAUUUUGACUAGAACUUUGGUAGUUUGAUGUAUUGUUUUUUGGUGAUGUCUGUAAUGUAAAGCCUGUUUUGGAGCAGCAGCUCACAACAUUGACCUCUUCACACAGACGAGUCUUCCAGGGUUUGAGGAAACCUGAAGCAGAGGAUGUGGCAUGACUGAACAGCUGGUUGUCAUGGCUUGCAUGUCAGUUGCUUUGUCACUUAUUAAAACACUUGAUCAGAACA